AUGACACCACUACGAGUCUUUUCGGCAAAUCAGCUAUGUCGUUUAUCAUUAUGCUCCAAGAAUGCCGGGCAGAAAGCCCAGUUCAGUACGUCAGGUCGGAUGAACCUGCGUCAACGACCACUACGCCGAGCUACAGGUCGUAUCUCCAACCAAGCACAGCAAGUCAGUCCUGCAACUUCACCAGUUGCAGUCACGCCGACCUUAGGCUCCAACGUGAAGGCUGAAGAAUCCAAAAGUCAGCCAUCUGCUCAGGGGAUCAUCGUGCCAGGAUUUUCUCUCCAUGAAAGGACCUCGAAACCACGAAAGGCUAAACCGCGAGGACCAUUGCCUAAGGGAAUCAAGCCUUAUCAGCAGGUAUUGAUAGAGAGUGAGUCGAUCUGUUUCAAGCAGGGCUCAACUUCACCAGUCGAUGUGCCGAAAGAAGACAAGCCUGCUCUGGCAGCAGCUGGAAAGUUCUUUGAAGAACGCUACCAGAUACUCUACUCUGCCGAAAACCUUCAUGACCACCCCCAAAACGACCAUAUCCCAGAAAUUGUUGUACUGGGUGCCUCCAAUGCUGGAAAAUCAUCUUUCCUCAAUGCCCUUCUUGGUGAUCGGGAAAUAGCCAAGGUGAGCCACAAACCAGGCAAGACUACGACGAUGAAUGCGUAUGGUGUUGGGCCACGUCCCAAGAUUGCCAAGGAGCUCAUUCGCAAAGGUGACGCACCGCCAAAGCACAGUCUGGUGCUGAUGGACACCCCGGGUUACGGAUUUAAAAGUCAAGAGGCCUGGGGAAAGACUAUCCUGAAGUAUCUCAACGUCAGGAACAUGCUUCGUGGCGCUGUGAUCUUGAUACCGGCCGACAAGAAGCUCAAAGAAACGGAUAGAUGGAUGCUCAGAACACUUGCUCAGUCUAAUACUCGAACAUUGGUUGUCAUCACCAAAGCGGAUAAGCCUGGAAAGGAGUGGCAAGAUACAUGUCACAGGCUUCAUACUCAGAUCGCAGCAAUCAUGCGCGGUCUAGAGGCCCAAUCAGCUGCCUCUUGGAGGGAAGGGUCUGGGCGUGUGCUGGAUAUUUAUGCCACAGCCUCCAAAAUUGCAUCCGUAUCCCGCCGGCUUGGUGAUGGAGGUGGCAUUGGAGGUGUAAGACUUGCAAUACUGGAAAUGGCUGGCUUUUCUCUGGGGGACAAGAUAGAAAAGCAACCCGAGACAAAGGCUUAUACAGGGAAGGUCGUCUCUUUUGAUAAUAUCGUUUGGAAGUCAUGA